AGCAGUGGGGAGGGAUUGCAAGAGGGAGAGAGAGGGAGAGACUCGCAGAAGGGUAGGGAGUGCAGUGCUCUCGCUGGGAAACAGGCCAUACCCGUUAGUCGCGUCUCGAGUACCACAUCAGUGUGGCUGCAGCUACCGGGAGACCAGAGCACCGGCAGUGCGGGUGACAGAGCUGCUGAUCGCAGCGCGCUACUCUCGAGCAGACAAGCGUGCUUACAAAAGCACGGGAAGCAACGGUGGGAAAACAAAUUGCACACUUUGCAGAAGAGAAGCUGAAGAGAGUGUCAGUGAGAGAAAAGUUACCGGGUCAGCAGGAGUGGAAGCGGAGCAUCUGAGACCACUUGCCACUGGGAAGAUAUCAAGCGAGGAUCUAGAGAAAAGAUAUUUUGUCUCAAGACAUGAGUAAUACUCUGAACGGGAGCAUCAAGCAUAGCUACUUAAGCCAGACAUCAUCAGCAAGCCGAAGCAGUACAGCUCCACUCACUUCGUCACCGGACUCUUUCACACUCAAAUUACUCGGCUCAGCUGUGUGAUUUGGGGUGGAUGUAAUUUGAUUUUUAUCUGUGUCUUCUUCAUCUAUAUUUCUGCUUGGGAAGCAGUGGGGACUCGUAGGGCACUGUCCUGUCACCUCUGAGACUAUGUUAGACUGUGCAUCAGGGAGAUCGUCAUCAGCAGCAGCAGCCUUAGAGCAUGGAGAAGUCCAGCAGUGAGGAGUCAGCUAUUCAUCGUAGCCCUUCAGUAGAAAGCUGUGACUCUGAUUUCCCCCAAGCCUCCACGUCCGGCCGCCCAUUCGGUGGCCGCGGAUUCACUGCCGGUGCUUUCUACGGCUCCACGGGGCCACGUAAAAACACACAGCAGGGUCAGGCUGCAACAGCAGCAGCUGAGGCCGGCGCAGGAGACAAGAGCAACAACAAGUACAGCUCACCCAAAGGGAGCAAGUACGUGGUCUUUUACCUGGAUCUAUCCUUUGUGUUCCUUUUAGAAUUCAAGAAGUUUAACAUGGCAAGAGGCUGCCUCUGCUGUUUGAAGUAUUUGAUGUUCGUCUUCAAUCUCAUCUUCUGGUUAUGUGGCUGUGGGCUGCUGGGUGUGGGCAUCUGGCUCUCCGUGUCUCAGGGCAGCUUUGCAACCUUCUCACCCUCGUUCCCCUCCCUGUCAGCUGCCAACAUGGUUAUCGCCAUCGGCGCCACUGUCAUGGUAACAGGCUUUCUUGGUUGCCUGGGUGCCAUCAAAGAGAACAAGUGCCUGCUUCUGAGUUUUUUCAUCGUCCUGCUGAUAAUUCUCUUGACAGAGCUGAUAUUACUCAUCCUGUUCUUCGUGUACUCAGAUAAGGUGAGUGAGAAUGCGAAACAAGAUCUGAAGGACGGACUGGCUCUGUACAACUCUGAAAACAACAUCGGUCUGAGAAAUGCCUGGAACAUCAUCCAGGCAGAGUGGAAGUGCUGCGGCGUUAUAGCUUACACCGACUGGCAUGAGGCCCUGAAAGAGAAGGUCGUUCCUGACCGCUGCUGCCAGGAGCAUUACCAGAACUGUGGGCGUAACUCCACAAACAUGUUUUGGAAUCGGGGCUGCUUUGAGAAAGUAGAAGAAUGGCUUGAUGACAACAAGCACAUGCUGGGAACCAUAGGCAUGGUCAUCGUGGUUGUGCAGCUUCUGGGCAUGGCAUUCUCCAUGACGCUUUUCCAUCACAUCCACAGAACAGGGAAGAAGUACGAUGCCUAGCCUCUGGAGAAGAGGCCCAUCAAUUCCUGAAGGGAUGGAACUCUGAUUAAAUGUACCCCCUGGUCCCGCACCACCGCUGCCACUACAUUACUUUGACUCUGUUCCCAGACUCUGUGUGCAGAUUCCAUGCGUCGCCUAUCCGGGCUCUCUCCUUUCGCCACUCAUUUUUGCCAAAGAGUAACACAACUGGAAGAGGAGAAGGGACAAGUCAUUUGGCACUGAAGAGAAUCCUGUUGGUUGUCACUCCUUCCUUUUUUUUUUUUUUGUUUUAAAUCGUUUUCUUUCUUUGCUUGGAAUAACAAUUUGCUGGAGGGAAGCGCACUCAGACACUAAGACAUUUAAGACUUGCUAACACUCCCCACCCAUUGGGGAAAAGAACAAAAAAAACUCCUCCCCACCUAUUUCUUGUGGAGUAUUUGACUUUCCUUUAUGCUUACAAAAAAAAUCGACCCCCCAUUUUCGUUUGUAAAUGGAUAAAAAAAAUCCUAAAAGGCAUGCUAGUUUUCUACUUCACCGACUUACCUUCAAAUCCUUUAUCACCCUUUUUUUUUUUUCCGAAAUACUUUUUGUAUGUGUGUGAUGCUCCUGUGGAAUGUAAGUACAAUAUAGUGUGUGUUGCAUUUAACGUGAAGACAUGUCAGGAUGGCGUUUAUUAUGAUCCAUGAGUCGUAUAUUUUCCCUUUGACGAGCAUUUUGGGUAAAGUGAGGGGGAUUGAAGGAAGUUAUUAAAGGGAGAAGAAUCAUUUUGUACUAAAUUCCGCUUUAUUCUUUGGAUAACAGUAUAAAUCUGCCUGGGUAAAAACACACACACACACACACACACACACACACACACACACAAAGUAUGCUGCCACACACCAGCAUCACCACAAUUCCCAUCGAGGCAUAUAAAUUGUGUAAAAUGGUUGUUUAUUAAAGCUCCACCAGAACUGUCAGGAGAAAGAUCCUGGGUGAUGACAUUCCCCCUUUGAGAGUACAAACUAAAUUGUAGUGUACGUGUGUGUUUUAUCACAUUGUUCCACACUGCAACGGUUAGAAAAAGAAGGGUAUAAAAACAAAGAGAAUCAUGGGCACUAGAGGCAAAGACAGUAUUCAUGCUGAUAUCAUAAAUUGUGUUCAAAGAGGCGGCAAAUGGUUUCCCUUUUCAUAAUCCACUGUCACACGUGUGUCCUCCCCUCAUCAGUCUCAGAGUCGUGGGGGUAAACUCUCUUCCCCUUAAUCUUUAAAUUUCCUCACUACAAAGGAGCAUUAAGCCCCCUAAAAAAAAAAAAAACUGUAAAAUUCAUGAGGAAAAAUGUUGCUGUAGUCUUAGAAAACAAAUAUUUUUUGAGAAACAUGCUCUCAGAUAGUUUUGUUAUGUUGUGUGAGUGAAUAUCAAAAUUCCCAUCGGAACCUAAUGCAGCUAUCUGAGACCAGCAGCCAUGGCCAUAUAUUCAUCAUGUAAUACGAUUAAAUACUGUAUUUUCAGCACUAUAAGGCGCUUCGGUGUAUCAAGCGCACCUUUGGUGACUGGCAAAUUCAAUGCAUUUUAAAACUGUUUUCACAUAUUGGGCGCACCGCAUUAUAAAGCUCAUGGAAGCUACAGUAGUACACUAUUCAUAUAGCCCAUUCAUAUACAGUAUAAGGCAUAUAGGAUUAUAAGGCGCACUGUCGGUGUUUGAGAAAAUGGAAUGCUUUUCGGUGUGCCUUAUUGUGCGGAAAAUACACUAAUUGUUAUAAGCAAACCCAACAAAAGAGUGAAUUUCCUCCCAUUGCCUAAAUGAGUCCCUUUUGUCAGAUAUUACACCAGAUGAUCUUCCCACUCAUGACACACCUCUGGUUUUUCGACCACUCCUAUUCCCAUGCCUUUUGCUUCCCGGCAGCCAGAGGACAGCGUGGUGGGAGUCUAGGUCGAUCAAAGCUGAGAUGGAUAGCUUUGGCAACGUGCCCUAAAGGAAACAUCUAUUUGGGACUGUUGAUCACACAUUCCCAAGAAGCUUGAGAAUCAAUUUGCUUCCUCAAUCACUAAAAAUACUUGGGAUGGUUUCGAUAUGUUUUGGUAUGGGGACUUGAAUGGAAAUGGCCCCAGGUGGGAAGCACGUGAAACAUCAUUCCAUCAGUAUGGCUCAGUUUAUUUCAAUUUGGUUUUGUACUUUUUUCCCCCUAUCUCAACUGUCAAACAGGAAAUGAGCAAUCUGGAGUGUACCGUAUUUCACACCUGACCAUCGAGGUGCCAGGUGCCGUGAACCUCGCUAACAUCCGGUGAAAAUGUCGACGGCGCUACUUUGACGGGCUGGCAUUUAUUAUUAUGCUACUUAAAUUAGGCCAGCAUCUGUACAAUCAUGGGCAGACAGCUUGAAAAGAUGUUAUUAACACUUUUUUUCCCUCGAGAUGGAACAUAAUUUGUACUCCAAAAUAGGACCGUGUAGCGACAGCAACAUCUGGAAAUUUUCUUGAGAUUCCCUCAUCAAAAUAUUACUUUAUGGCUGUUUUUCUUUAUUUAAAGUGGAUAAUCUUAAUUGUACUGAGCAAUUUUUUAAAUCUUGUUAUCAAUGUUUAGCAUCUUGAGGGUUUUGUUGGUUUGUUUGUUUGUUUGUUUGUUUGUUUUUUGGGGGGGGCAAGUACAAAUCCUACUGGCACUCAGUAAGGCUUACUGGAAAUCAGUGAGCAAAAUUUCUUUGCUGUUGUCAUUCUGCAGUUCCAAUAUGUCAUAAUAUUUCAAAUAGAAAUGCAUCUAUCAUUUUUACGAUUUGAAUCGUUUGUAUUUCGACAGUGUUGCGAUAAAGUCACAUAAAAACACUGCAACAUUA